GUUGAAUGAGCCUAGUUAGAGGGAAGAAGAGAACUCUCGCUCACAACACAAAAAUGUUCGAUGGAGUCCCAGACCAAUUCCAUCAGUUCAUGGCACCCACAACCUCAUCACUUCCACUUCACUUGCCUUUCCCUCUUAAUGCCACUCUGACACCCAAUACCACUAUCUUCCCUACCAUUGAUCCUUAUCCCUUGCCUCCGCACCACCCACCCCCUUCUCCUCCCCACAAACACCAACAGGAUAACAGCUUGGACAGAGCGUCCAUGAACUCGGAGGUUGAAAGAGAGAGGCAAUUACCUGAGCUCAUCAAUUCCUGCUGGACUCACGAUGAAGUGCUUGCGCUAUUCAGGAUCAGAUCUAGCAUGCAAACCUGCUUCCCAGACCUCACAUGGGAACAUAUCUCAAGGAAGCUAGCAGAGUUUGGAUUUAAGAAGAGUGCGGAGAAAUGCAAGGAGAAGUAUGAGGAGGAAAGCAGAUACUUGAACCACAUUAAUUACAACGAAAAUUAUUGUUUUAUUAGUGAGUUCGAACAAGAGCUUUAUCAAGAGGAAGGAGAUGAUCAAGACCCUGAAGCCGAGGUUGGGACAGAAGAAAAGUCGACGCCGCAGCUGCAAGAGCCAAGGGAGGGACAAGAAAAGACGUCAGGCCAUGCAUUGGAAGAGGGUUCUACAAGACAUGACACAUCAGCAGCACCUGUCAUUACGAAACGCUGCGUGGCAGAGAAACCAAAGGAGAGAAAGAGAAAGAAGCAAGACGGUAAAUUUGAGAUGUUUAAGGACUUCUGUGAGAACGUUAUCAGCAGGAUGAUGGCUCAACAAGAGGAGAUGCACAAUAAGCUUCUUGAAGAUAUGAUGAAAAGAGAUGAGGACAAGUUUGCGAGAGAAGAAGCUUGGAAGAAACAAGAGUUAGACAGGAUGAACGAGGAGCUCGAAAUGAUGGCGCACGAGCAAGCUCUGGCGGGCAAUCGGCAGGCCACAGUAAUAGAAUUCUUGAACAAAUGCGCGGCGAGCUCUCCCAAAUUAACAAAUAAUAGUUCAGAUCCGAACGCAUUGCAUUCGCAAAACCUUCAAUUUUCUGUCAAGAUUAAUAACGACAACAAUGAGCCACCACCUUCUUUUACAAUGAUAUCGCCAACCCAUCAAGAUACAAUAAACACUUCUGUAGCUUUACCCGUCAUGAACUCUAGAGCAGCAAGAGCAGUAGAAAACCCUAGUUCAAGUCAUGGCCAGGGGGGAUUACAAGUUGCAAAGAACCCUGGUUGUCUCAAUUUCGUUUCAACAUAUAAGGCGUCGUCGAGUGAGAAAGGAGACGUGGGGAGGAGAUGGCCGAGGGAAGAAGUGUUGGCUUUAAUAAACCUGAGGUGCAGUCUGAAUAACAAUAAUAUUAAUGAAGACAAGGAGGGAAUCAAGGCUCCACUGUGGGAAAGAAUCUCACAGGGGAUGUCAGACAUGGGAUACAAGAGAAGUGCGAAGAGGUGCAAGGAGAAAUGGGAGAACAUAAACAAGUACUUUAGAAAAACUAGGGAUAUUAACAAGAAGAGAUCGCGUGACUCCAGGACUUGUCCUUAUUUCCAUCUACUCGCUACUUUGUAUUUUCAAGAAAAGCUUGUUCCCGAUCAAUCUGAAUUAGGGCCACAAAGCAACAUGGUUUCACCACCAAAUCACCCUUCGCAUCAAGUCAUGCACUUCGACGGAGGUGACAACACUGUGAUGCAGUGUACCUAAGGUUUUGCAUGCGGAUUAAUCUGUUUUAAUUUAAUUCAUUUCUCCAUUUCAUGACAUAU